AUGGCUUAUCAUGACGCAAAGCUCGAAAAUAUUACCGCCGCCUGGCUACUACCAAUCGUCAGCACCAUUGUUGCGGCUGCUACUGGAUCCAUUGUCGCCGGUAUUCUGCCGCACCCUCAAUUGCAACUGAUUACGAUCAUAACCUCUUAUAUCCUCUGGGGCAAAGGGGUGUCGCUUGCGAUGGUUGUGUUGGUCUGCUACUUCUUGCGCCUCACUACGCACCAGCUACCGCCAAAGGAGAUCAUCGUGUCGGUAUUUCUACCUCUCGGUCCCUUGGGGCAAGGUGGUUUCGGCAUUCAGAAUCUUGGAAGCGUGGCGAGACAGGUGUUUCGCGAGACCAACACGCUGCCGCUUAGCAUGGUCUACGCAGGCGAUGUGUUGUACAUCGUAGGCUUCAUGAUCGCAAUGGUGAUGUGGGGAUUCGGACUUGUCUGGUUCUUCUUUGCACUGGCGACCAUCUGGCGCACGCCGAAAUUUCCGUUCAAUAUGGGCUGGUGGGGGUUCACUUUUCCACUCGGCGUUUACGCCGUCUGCACGACACAGCUUGCAAAAGAGCUUCCCUCUGCAUUUUUCCGUGUGCUCGGGACAGCCUUUAGCGUAGCCGUGACGCUGCUGUGGAUCGUUGUCAGCUGUGGCACGCUCAGGAAUGCAUAUACAGGCGAGAUGUUCGUCGCGCCUUGUCUGAAGGAUCUUGCUGAGAAGGACAUGAAGUCGCAUAUUUUGCAAAGAGGUGGUGCCAAGGACGAAAAGAAGGAUGACCUGAAAUGA